GGCAGUUUAGAUCAGUUUCGCCGACUAGGAACACACAUUUUCCAAGUUUUGCCGGAAAAUAUGAACAUUUUCAAACAAAUCCUGCCAUUUUCACAGCAUCUGGCGCGGUGCGUUACGGGUUCCAGCUCACAGCGCAUCUCCUCCGCCUUGCACAGAUUCACUGGCGCAUCGAUACCGGGGGCGCGCGCGAUAGGAACCACCAGCGUACGGCGUGAUUUAUCCGAAUUUUUCGACGAUAAGAAAAACUGGGGCGAGCAAGAAAUUAAACACGGGCGCGGCUGGACGAAGGAUGACAUGCGAAUCAAAUCCAAUGCCGACCUGCACAAGUUGUGGUUCGUGCUGCUCAAAGAGCGAAACAUGCUGCUAACGAUGGAGCACGAGUGCAAGGAAAAGAUGGAACUAUUUCCCAGUCCGGAGCGUCUGGAUAAGGUGAGAGAAUCGAUGGAGAAUCUGGAAGCCGUCAUCCGGGAGCGCAACCGGGCGUACUUCGAACUAGAAACGGGUGAAACUGGUGAACGACCGGGACGGCUCGUGACGAAUCAGCUCGGUACUCGGUUUUAUUACCGCGCCUUCGAGCACGUUAUUCCCAAGUUUGCCAACAGCAGGUGGAAUGAGCGGCAUCGCUUUUCGGGUGGAGGUUAUGCCGUCUGGAAGUUCCAACGGUUGUACCGCGAGCGGCUAUACAACGAGAAGCGCAAGAUACGCAAUCGCGAACGCAACGAGGUGGUCCAUUUGCUCCGACGGUUCCCCAACAUUGACCGCGAAACGCUUGCCCAACGGUUCCCAAGCGUGGACGUGGAGAAACUGUACAAAUUGGACAAAAUUCGUGGCAACCAGUCCGUUAAAGAUUCGUGAAUAGAACAGCAGCGGACGCUAAAGCAAUAUAUAGCAACAU